AUGGGAUACAUCAAGGAUUUAGUUUUCGCGAUCCACUUGACGAAAGCACUCUUUCAUUUUCUGGCCGGCUCGAAGGCAGUCAUUCCUCCUCGUGGCCGGGAACGCAGACGAAAUCGGCCAGCCCGUCUGACGGUCCGACCGACGUGGAACCUGCCCCACGGACUUCAGCAAAGUGGGAGCCUCGAGGAGGGGCCAUCCGUGAUUGGACAGGUCGACGACCAGUCCCCUGAUUGGCUGGCGCUCGUCGAUGGUACCGGUCUUCCCUCGACAGACACACACACGUCCGGGCCGUCCGAGCUGGUCGAGUAUUCGUCCGAGGCGGAGUGCAACCGGUCAUCUCAAGUGGGCCUGGCCGGUCCGGUCCGGUCCGGUCUGAUCUGUUUAUCGGUCGUUGGCGAUCUCGUCGGCCGACAGAAGAUGGCGGCCUCAGCCUCAGUCCGCAUCCCACAUUGA